AUGUUAAAUAUUGCAACAAUACACGCGAUAACAAAAACCUCAUCGUUGCCAAAACCUCUAAAAACAUUGCUUUUGAGUCUUGCUGCUUCAGACCUCGGUGUUGGUUUACUUGUUCAACCAUUGUUCAUCACUUUGCUGAUCCAGUGGUUACAACAACUAAGUCCUAGUUGCAUUAUGUAUACAUCUUUCAGCGUCGCCAUGAAUUUAUUUUUCACGGCUUCGUUCGCUAACAUCAUAGGGAUAACUUUGGACAGAUAUUUAGCUAUUCAGCUUCAUCUCCGAUACCACAAUAUUGUAACCCACUGGCGUGUUAUUGCUGUGGUCAUCUUUAUCUGGCUUUUCAGUAUAUUUUUGUCUCUCCGAAUGUUCUGGCUUCCGUCUACUAUCAAGUACCUAGUCUUAGCUGUUGUUGGAAUUCUAAGUGUCCUUGCAACAACUCUGCUUUACAUCAAAAUAUAUCUUGUUUUACGACGUCACACGAAUCAAAUCCAGGCUCUACAAGUACAGCAAACAGCACAGAAUGGCGAAAGGACAGCGAACUUUGCAAACCUACGUAGAUCGGCCGUCGGUACAUUUUACGUAUAUCUGCUCUUUCUACUUUGCUAUUUACCGCGUUUCGUGUCCUUGAUAACCCUUCAUAUCUACGGCCCAAAUAUCCACCUGAAAAGUUUUUCUCUUUGUAGUUUGACCCUGAUAUUCCUUAACUCAUCUCUAAACCCUUUUAUUUAUUGCUGGAAAAUGCGAAACAUUCGACAAUCGUUAAUGAGCAUUCUGCAAGAUGGUUUAAGGUCUACGUUUGGGGUGCUUUUUGUACGAAUGUUCUGCCACGGUUAGUAGGCGAACCGGUACAUAAUUGGUUUUACACUUUAUAAAACAAGAACGGUAGCCUUAUUCAGUGGCUUCCCGUCAAUCCGCAGUUAAUCACGUAGUUUCUUCAUGUCGUAUUAAAGAUUUUUAUAUAAAAACUAGUUGCGCAUGUUGAAAAAAUGAAAUACAGACAGAUUUGCUUUAUUGACUGGUGGAGUUAAAAAAUUUAUUGAUUAUCGAUAAUAUUGUCAAUCAUCUACACCGCGCUUUUUUUCGACGCAAUAACAUUUGAAUGAAAUCUCACUGGGCUUCUCGAUCAAUCUUAGUUUACGAGUUUGCGUUUUGAUGGGCUUUUAGCAGCAGGAACAGGAAAACGUUUUCAAAUAAAAAUUAAAUAACUUCUAUUGUCAUUUGUGCCAGUUUUAAUUCUAACGCCUCAGGAAACUAGUUAAAGAGCACUAAACACACUGAUCGCUAAAGCACAUUAAUUGACAAUUUAAAGUUUAAAGUACGAUAACUUUUGUCCAAACUGGGCGUGCGUACAUCGAAAUGGCAAUCAAAUUAUCCUGACGUCAUUGCGAAAACAGAUCGACCACGAACGUGUCCUACCGUCGAAAACUUAGCCACCUGUGCUAAUAAAAAUAGCAAUGCUUGGGGGUAAUUGUAAAUAGGAAGCGCUCACUAAACAGUGAGUCCUGUAUUAAUUAAACUUGACAGCAAAAUGCAACAGUCUUUAAGAGAGUCUGGGUAAUUGUACCCAUGUUAGAAAACACGGAAAGUAACUGUAUCAGUGUAAACAGCGUUCAAGUCUCCAUAUCGCUUAUUCAGUGGCUUCCCGUCAAUCUGCAUUUAAUCACGCAGUUUCUUCAUGUCUUAUUAAAGAUUUUUAUAGAAAAACUAGUUGCCCAUGUUAUUCAGUGGCUUCCCGUCAAUCUGCAUCUAAUCACGUAGUUUCUUCAUGUCUAAUUAAAGAUUUUUAUAUAAAACUAGUUGCGCAUGUUAUUCAGUGGCUUCCCGUCAAUCUGCAUUUAAUCGCGUAGUUUCUUCAUGUCUUAUUAAAGAUUUUUAUAGAAAAACUAGUUGCCCAUGUUAUUCAGUGGCUUCUCGUCAAUCCGCAUUUUUUCACGUAGUUUGUUCAUCUCUUAUUAAAGAUUUUUAUGUAAAAACUAGUUGCGCAUGUUGACUAAAAUGCCUACAGACAGAUCUGCUUUAUUGACUGGUGGAGCUAAAAAAUCUAUUGAUUAUCAACAAUAUUGUCGAUCAUCUACACUGCACUGCUUUUCGACGCAAUAACAUUUUAAUGAAAUCUCACUGGGCUUCUCGAUCAAUCUUAGUUUAGAGUUUGCGUUUUAAUGGGCUUUUAGCAGCAGGAACAGGAAAAGGUUUUCAAAUAACGAUUAAAUAACUUCUAUUAACCUUUGCACCAGUUUUAAUUCUAACGCCUCGGGAAACUAGUUAAAGAGCGCUAAACAUUGAUCACUAAGGCAUAUCAAUUGUCAAUUUUAAGUUAAACGUACGUUAACUUUUGUCCAAACUGGGCGUGCGUACAUCGAAAUGGCAAUUAAAUGAUCCUGACGUUAUUGCGAAACAGCCGCCCAACUAGUUUAAAAUCGACCACAAACGUGUCCUAUCGUCGAAAACUUAGCCACCCGUGCUAAUAAAAAUAGAAAUGCUCGGAGGUAAUUGAAAAUAGGAAGCGCUUACUAAACAGAGUCCUGUAUUAAAUAAACUUGACAGCAAACUGCAGAGUCUGGCUAAUUAUACCCAUGUUAGGAAAAACGGAAAUUCACUGUAUCAGGGUAAACAGCGAUCAAGUCUCCAUUUCGCCUGUUAAUAAUUUUUUUCCUGCUGUUUUUAGAUUUAAGGUGUUUCGAUACAGUUUUUCGGAGACCAUGCUGAUAUUUUUCAAUCGCCUUAAAUGUGAUUUCAUCCUUGCCCCAACGCAAUGAAAUUUUAACCACUGACUGAUUUUGACUUGACUUGGUUAAACCAUAUGACCUUUUGAGUGCAGGUUCUUUAACAGAGAACAUCAGUUCAUUAAGCCAAAUUUUCGUGGCCAGCACUCCCACCGACAAAGCUCUGCAGUAUAUUUACUCAUUUAUUUUACACUAACCAAUAAAGGCCGUGAAAAGCAUCCCGGUUUAAAAGUUUUUACAACCAGUAAAAACAAAACAUUUCUUUUUAACUUUGCAACUUUGGAAGCGUCUCAGACUUCUAAAGACACGCUUUGAAUUCAAUAUUAUAUAUAUUUCAAUUUUUUGUUUUUUGUUUUUUCUUCUGAUAAUUUGGUCAUCUUCUUUUUUUUGUUAUCCAGAUUGGGAUUCGGUAUAACAAAAGAAGAAAAAAGCAAAAGUACACAUCGCUAUACACAGACGGACAAGCAUGCAGCAUAAAAGCAAAUAGCUUUUCCACCGUCAAAGAUCUUAUGGCUAUUAAACUGAUCACACUCCCUCGCAAAAAGUUAAUAAAUAUUAAAAAUUAAUAUUAUUCACGUCGAAAUGCUAUUGACUUUCAAGACUAUUUACAGACUACAUUAUGAAGUCAGUUGACAUGUGUCAUUCAGAUCAUUGUUUAAACAAAUGAAAAAGAUCGUGGUCAAUUUUGUACGCAAGAGAUUGCUCACUUUUAUGCCCACGACCAGACAAAAACGCUAUCGCUUCAAACUUUCCUCGCCAUGAAGUACGACAUUAUUACGGGAAGCUUGUUUUGUGAGGAAAUCCGUCCUUACUACCCUUCCAUCGACGAGGCUGAAGAUCUUCACGUGUCACAGAUUGUUAACUGCGUUUUUAAUGCCUUUUUGUCAUAUAACACAGUCAUGUUAAAUAUUGCAACAAUACACGCGAUAACAAGAACCUCAUCGUUGCCAAAACCUCUAAAAACAUUGCUUUUGAGUCUUGCUGCUUCAGACCUCGGUGUUGGUUUACUUGUUCAACCAUUGUUCAUCACUUUGCUGAUCCAGUGGUUACAACAACUAAGUCCUAGUUGCAUUAUGUAUACAUCUUUCAGCGUCGCCAUGAAUUUAUUUUUCACGGCUUCGUUCGCUAACAUCAUAGGGAUAACUUUGGACAGAUGUUUAGCUAUUCAGCUUCAUCUCCGAUACGACACUAUUGUAACCCACUGGCGUGUAAUUGCUGUGGUCAUCUUCAUAUGGCUUUUCAGUAUAUUUUUGUCUCUCCGAAUGUUCUGGCUUCCGUCUGCUAUCAGGUACCUAAUCUUAGCUGUUGUUGGAAUUCUAAGUGUCCUUGCAACAACUCUGCUUUACAUCAAAAUAUAUCUUGUUUUACGACGUCACAGGAAUCAAAUCCAGGCUCUACAAGUACAGCAAACAGCACAGAAUGGCGAAAGGACAGCGAACUUUGCAAACCUACGUAGAUCGGCCGUCGGUACAUUUUACGUAUAUCUGCUCUUUCUACUUUGCUAUUUACCGCGUUUCGUGUUAUUGAUAACCCUUCACAUCUAUGGCCCAAAUACCCACCUGAAAAGUUUUUCUCUCUGUAGUUUAACUCUGAUCUUCCUUAACUCAACUCUAAACCCUUUUAUUUAUUGCUGGAAAAUGCGACCCGUUCGAAAUUCGUUAAUGAACACAUUGAGAAGUGGUUCUAAAUCUACGUUCUGCUUACUGUUUGUAAGAAUGUGUUAAUACGGGUAGAAAGAGAACAGGUAGAUAACUUUUCCACUUUGUAAAACUAGAACGGUGGCUUUCUUUAGUGGCUUCCCGUCAGUUCCGCCUGAUUUAAUCGUUUGAUUUCUUCAUGCCUUACUUAUAUGACUUUUAAAUUUAUAAACUAGUUGUUUCUGUUGAAAAAUUGAAACACAGACAAAAUUUGGUAUAUCUGGUGGUGUUGAGAUUGCUGACCUCACUGCCUAUCGAUCGUAAACGCAUGCGUUGUUUUUCGUCGCAAAAAAAAAUUUGAUCAAAUCUCACUGAGAUUCUCGCUAAAUCUUCUUUCAAAGUUUAUGAAUCAGCGGGAUCUGUGAAAUUUGCGUUUGAUUAGCUUUUAUUAACAGGAACAGGAAAAGACUUUCAAAUAACAGCUAAGUCACCUCUAUUAACAUUUGUGACAGUAUCAGUUCUUACCCACAAGAAACUAGUUAUAUAG